AUGAGGCGUGUAAUGGCGGUACCUCCUCCAACUCUCAUGGCGGAACCUCCUCCGAAUCUGAUGUUGAAAACGAGAGACAUUCUUGCGACUUCAAGCCACGAAGGCUUAGAGAGUCUUCUCUGUCAACUCCGAACGAGUCAAGAAACGGCACUUGCUCUGUUCAACUUCAUCACCAACGAGUUCGCCAACUCCUUAACCCUAAAGCUUCUUCAGAUGUAUCAGUCUUCUUCCAAUGGCGUCCUCAGAGCUCACUUGAUCUUUCUCCUCUUCGAAACCCUCAACGACUACAAAAGGAGAGGUUUCGAACUAUCUCUCGUGGCUCUCAACGAAAUCAAACCCCUUUUGAUUUCUUGCUUGAGGAUGCAAGAACCCGACCUCAUAACACUCAGGCAAAUCGUUUCUUUCAUCGCUUACGAUGUUGUGAUUCUUGAUAACAACGGAUGGGACGAGCUCAGCGAGUGUAUCUUCGAGAUCUCCAGUACCGACCCUCUUAAGGCUUUGCACAUCUUCGUGGACUUGCCUCUAAUGUACGAGAAGUUCUUAUACAAUUGUGGAGGGAUGAUUGCAGAGAAAGCAGAGAAGGUGUUGCUUGUUCCUUAUCAAGACCGCGUCCAAGAUUGGAGCUUAGGUUUACAAGCUGUUGUUAAACUCGGGAUUCAGCAUUUGGAUUCUGAUAUGAGAUUCGAUAUGGUGAAGCGUCUUCUUAUUCUUCUUGUGAAGGCAGCGAGCGAUCUUGUGGAGAAGGGUAUGGAAGAGUUUCUGGUACGAGGGCUUGCAGAUCUUGGGAAGUUCUUGGCACGAGACAAGAAAGCGUGUAAUUACAAUAAGGAGCAGUGUGAUUUUGUGUCUGUUUUCUUGUUGAAGAUCAGAGACUUGGGACCACUAACCAUGGAGGCUACGGGGAAGAUCCAUCAUUUGGUAAAUUCUAGUCCACCUCUCGUACAACAGCCACUACAGGUUCAUGGAGCAGUUUCUGAAGGUGAAUGGCUUGAUCGUUUGAACAAGUUACAGCCAGUUGAGAUGUUAAGAGUCUUUGCGUCGACUGAUGUUGAAGAGAGGUUCAGAGAAUUGGCAAUCAGACAGCUCAACCUUUUACUCUCUGAUCGCCUGUCAAGGCAACAAGCAACAGACGUUUCAGUGUUGAGAGAACUACAGAAAUUGCUCAUCUCUUGCCUUUGGGAAAGAGAAGGAAUCUCGGAGAGCAUGUUCAAAGUCCUUGGUGAGGUUGUCUACUACGUUGCGUUUGAGAUGAUGAUUUCCUACCUUGAGAUAUGGGACGAUCUUUGCUUCUAUAUUACAUCAAACAGCAAAACAGAGUUUGAGAGAGCGGUUUAUAUCUUCCAGUGCUUAACAAUAUGGCUUCCUAUGGAAUUUAUGGAUCCUAUAGUGGAGCCUCUUCUCCCAGAGAUAAACAAAAGGCUAAACCCACCAAGAGAGGUGUUGGUAGAUAACAGUUGCUGGGUCUUGGCGUUUGUGGGCGCCUUCUGUGCCAUCAUUCAAUUGAUACGGAUGGAAAUUUAUGCUGAAACUGUGAUGGAGAUGGCAGAUAAGAUGGUAGAUUCAGUGAGAGAUCUUGUGGAAAGAAAAAUGGAAGUUGGGCUUGUGAGGAGAGCUUUCAGAGAUUUGGAAAUCAUUGUGAAGAAGCAAAAGGAAUGGUUUAGUGAACAAGAAUUCAAAUUGACUAAGUCUCUACUUCAGAGACUCGAGGUAAUCAAAGGCAUAACAAUGGAAAGCAAGCUGGUGUUGUGGAGAAUCAAGAGAGGGAUGGCCGAUCAUGUGGCCGCUUAA